ACAGUAAAUGGAGGACAGAAGAGGGGGACAGUAAAGGGAGGACAGAAGAGGAGGACAGUAAAGGGAGGAGAGAAGAGGGAGACACUGAAGGGAGGAGAGAAGACCGUGACAAUGUCAACAGUGAAGCAACGUCCUUUGACCAAAUGUGAGACAGAGUUUCCUGAAAUGCUUCAAGUCAGUGUGGACUCCAUGUUGUAGUACCAGAUUGAGGCCAAAGGGGGUGCUGUUAUCAGUGCAAAGGAAGGUCUCCAUGUUGUAGUACCAUGUUGAUGACACAGGGGGUGCUGUUAUCAGUGCAAAGGGUGGUCUCCAUGUUGUAGUACCAGAUUCAGGCCAAAGGGGGUGCUGUUAUCAGUGCAAAGGGAGGUCUCUGAGUUGUAGUACCAGAUUGAGACCAAAGGGCUGUUAUUGGUGCCCAGAUACUAUAUGUAUCCAUGUUUGUUAUUCUUCCAGACCCCCCCACUCUCUUGAUUCACUUGAGACAGAGAAGAGACGUGAAGAAAGAGGGCGGACCUCAUUCAGAGGGUUACCAUGGUGAUGCCCAUAGCAGAUAAACUGUCCCAGUGGUGUAUGAUGCACAAAGAGGCGUACAAUAAGAUCCGUGCUGCCCGGACCAGACAGGAUCAGAUGAGGGAGCUGUACGAGGUCUUAAACACAGAAAAAGUCAAAUCAGCCUUCUAUAGGCUCCUUCGGAAGGAAGAGCCUCAUUUGGUCCAGGAGCCAGUGGAUGACGACACAAAAAGAAUUAAGGACGAACUUAAAGACAGUCUGAAGAAGAAGUUUGGAUUUGUGUUUGAAGGCACCGCAGUGGAACAAACUCCCCUCAACAGCAUCUACACACAGCUCUACAUCACACAAGGACAGAGUGAAGGGGUUAAUAGCGAACACGAGAUCCGGCAGAUUGAAUAUACACGCAGGGCAAAUAAAUCUACAGACACUCCAAUCAACUGCAAUGACAUCUUCAAACCCUUAUCUGGAGAAGACAGAGAAAAGGAAAGACCCAUCAGAACUGUGCUGAUGAAGGGCAUCGCUGGCAUUGGAAAAACAGUCUCUGUGCAGAAGUUCAUCCUCGACUGGGCUAAAAGAAAAGCUAAUCAGGAUGUUGAUUUCAUCUUUGUGCUUCCACUCCGAGAGCUGAAUCUGAUUCAAGAUGACCAGUACAGUCUUCAUGGACUUUUGCGUUACUUCCACCCUGAACUUAAAGAGAUAGAAGAGGCAAAGACAUAUGAUACCUGCAAAGUCAUGUUCAUCUUUGAUGGUCUGGAUGAAAGCAGACUGCCAUUAGGUUUUCAUCAGAACAAGAAGUUGACUGAUCUAACUGAGACAUCAUCAGUUGACAGGUUGAUGACAAACCUCAUUGAGGGGAAUCUACUCCCCGAAGCUCUCCUCUGGAUAACCUCCCGACCAGCAGCAGCCAAUCAGGUCCCCUGUAAGUACAUCGACAAGGUGACAGAAGUACGAGGGUUCAACGACAAACAGAAAGAAGAAUACUUUAAGAAGAAUGUUGAGGAUGAGAACCGGGCCAGGAGAAUCAUCUCACACAUUAAUACAUCAAGGAGCCUCCACAUCAUGUGCCACAUACCAGUCUUCUGUUGGAUUACUGCCAGGGUUCUUGAGCAAAUGUUGAGUGAAGAUGAAAGUGGAGAGAUCACAACUCUGACUGAGAUGUACAAUCACUUCCUGCUCAUUCAGACAAACCUGAAAAGCAAGAAGUACGAUGGGGAAAAGGAGACAGAUCUGGACAUAAUCAUAGAAAGAAACAAAGAAAUAAUUCUCAAACUGGCACAACUUGCAUUUGAACAGCUGGUGAAGGGCAAUCUCAUAUUCUCUAAGAAAGACCUGGAGGAGUGUGGUAUCGAUGUCAGUGAAGCCUCAGUGUACUCUGGGUUUUGCACAGAAAUCCUGAAAGAAGAGUAUGGGCUGUAUCGGAAGAAAGUGUACUGCUUUGUCCACCUGAGCUUCCAGGAGUUCCUUGCUGCUCUGUACGUGUUCCACUGCUGUGCGAGCAAGAACAUCAGGGCCCUGGAGUCUGUCAUUGGGGAUGUGUCAUCAGAGCUGUCCUUGCAUGUGCUGCUGAAGAUGAUGGUGGAUAAAGCCUUGGAGAGUGAGAAUGGACACCUGGACCUGUUCCUCCGCUUCCUUGUUGGCAUCUCAACAGAAUCCAACCAGAAACUGUUACAAGACCUACUGCCACAAACAGAGAUCAGCUCAGAGACUGUUAAGGAAAUUAAGAAAUACCUCAGGAAGCCAAAUGUAGAUCAAGUCUCACCUGAUAGGUACAUCAAUCUACUCAUCUGCUUGACUGAGAUGAAAGAUGAUUCAGUACAUGAGGACAUUGACAAGUUCCUGAAGUCAGGAAAUGAAACAGGAAAGGAACUUGCAGGUGCACACUUCUCAUCACUGGCCAACGCACUGCUGAUGUCAAAGGGUGUGCUGGAUGAGAUUGACCUGAGGACAUACAACUUGUCCCCUGGGUGUACGAGACUGGUCCCAGCUGUAAGGAAAUGGACAAAGGCCAUACUGAUUGGCUUUGAACUCUCUAUGGAGGACUACGAAUCACUGGCCUCCAUUCUCCAAUCAGCAGACUCACAUCUAAGAGAGCUGCACCUGGACGACAUCGGGGAGCGUGAUCCUGAUGGUGUUGAUGAUCCUGAUGGUGACGAUGAGGCCAGACUGACUGUUCUCUUUGCUGCGCUGACUGUUGUCCUCGCUGCACUGAAACAUCCACACUGUAAACUGGAGACACUGAGACUGGGUGGCUAUAAACUCUCUGAAGAGCACUGUGGGUUACUGCAUUCUGCUCUCCAAUCAGCAGACUCACAUCUGAGAGAACUGGACCUGAGAGACACUAAGCUGUCUGAUGGUGGUGGGAGGGAACUCUUUACUUCUCUGAAACAUCAGAACUGUAAACUGCACAAACUGCGACUGUCUAGCUUUAGACUCUCUGAAGAGGACUGGGGAUCACUGGCCUCCGUUCUCCAAUCAGCAGACUCACCUCUGAGAGAACUGGACCUGGACCUGAGGAACAGUGGACUGUCUGACGGUGGUGGGAGGGAACUCUUCACUGCUCUGAACCAUCCACACUGUAAACUACAGACACUGAGGCUGAAUGGAUGUUCCCUGACAAAGAAAGGGUGUAAAGCAUUGACUUCAGCUCUCAGCUCAAAGUCCUCUCACCUGAGAGAGCUGGAUCUGAGUCACAAUGACCUGCAGGAUUCAGGAGUGAAGGUGCUCUCUGAUGGACUGGGGAAUCCACACUGUCAACUACAGAAACUGAAGCUGUCAUUCUGUAGAGUCACAGAGGAAGGCUGUGCUUCUCUGGCUUCAGCUCUGAGGUCAAACCCCUCCCAUCUGAGAGAACUGGACCUGAGCUUCAAUCACCCAGGAGACUCUGGAGUGAAGCUGCUCUCUGCUAGACUGGAGGAUCCACACUGUAGACUGGAGAAACUCAAUGUGGACCAUACAGAAGAGAUCUGGGUUAAACCACAGCUGAUGACGAAAUAUGCCUGUGAUCUCACACUGGACCCAAACACAGCACACAGAAACCUCUCUCUGUCUGAGGGGAACAGAAGGGUGGAGAGGGUUAAAGAGGAGCAGCCGUAUCCUGAUCAUCCAGAGAGAUUUGAUCACUAUACCCAGGUGUUGUGUAGAGAGGGUCUGACUGGGCGCAGUUACUGGGAGGUAGAGUGCAGUGGGCUGGCUGACAUUGGACUGACAUGUAAAGGCAUCAGUAGAAAAGGAGAUGGUUCUGCCAGUGAAUUUGGAUACAAUAAGAAGUCCUGGCGUCUGACCUGCCGUGGGAAUCAUUACGGUGCCCUCCACAAUAGUCAAUAUACUACAAUACAUGCUCCACACCUCAUCAACCCUCCUCAACCCCAGAGAGACCAGUCCUCCUCCCCUCCACGCCUCAUCAACCCUCCUCAACCCCAGAGAGACCAGUCCUCCUCCCCUCCACACCUCAUCAAACCUCCUCAACCCCAGAGAGACCAGUCCUCCUCCUCCAAACCUCAUCAACCCUCCUCAACCCCAGAGAGACCAGUCCUCCUCCCUCCACGCCUCGGAGUAGGAGUGUUUCUGGACUGGCCGGUCGGCACACUUUCCUUCUAUGAGAUCUACUCUGACACAAUGACCCAUGUGUACACAUUCCAGACCAGAUUCACUGAGCCCCUCUACCCUUGGGUUAGUGUUUCUAAUGAGGGCUCUUCAGUGUCCCUAAGCCAGGUAGAGUAGUCUCCUCUGUCCUGGAGGUACACCUGGGUCUCCAUGGAAACACAGUCACAUUCCUGUUCUAAUCCAACCAUGUGACAUGAUGGAGUGUUGUUGUCAGUGAUCAUGACAUCAGAUAUGGACAUUGUAACAGAUAAAUGUUGUUGUCAGUGAUCAUAACAUCAGAUAUGGACAUUGUAACAGAUAAAUGUUGUUGACAGUGAUCAUGACAUCAGAUAUGGACAUUGUAACAGAUAAAUGUUGUUGACUGUGAUCAU